AUGUGGGUCAAUAUUGACACAAGAGACGAGGCAUCAAAAGUUGCCUACGACAGCACCGUCCAGCUAUUCACGCUAUAUUCAGUUGCCUGUGCGGUGACGGUUCUCAGAACUUACUCUCAAUGCAGAGAUAUGGGCUGGCGCAGAUUACGUCUCGACGACUACUUGAUAUGGCUUGCAAUUAUAUUCUAUACCGCACAGAUAGCUCUGGCGUAUAGUGUUGGCAAAGCCGCUGAUGGUCUUGCAAACAAUAGCAUGACGGAGGCACAGCGGAUCGCGCUUGCCCCAAACAGUGCGGAAUAUCGAGCUAGCGACAACAGAUUAAUUGGCUCCAAGAUACAAGUCGCAGGUUGGGCCACCUACACGGCAUUGAUAAACUCCCUCAAGUUGUCGAUGUUGGCGUUCUAUCUCCGACUUAUGGACGGCGUCAGUCGACAUUAUCGCAUUCCCAUUUGGGUUGGGUUUGGCCUUGUCAUUGGGUGCUUUCUCACCAGUCUGAUAACAAUUCUUGCGGCAUGUCGGCCCUUCCAGAAAAACUGGCAAAUUAAUCCAGAUCCUGGGAAUGUCUGUCAACCUGCCAUUUCCAAACCGGUGAUCGCAGCUACCUUUGCCGCAAAUCUGGUCACAGAUCCGUACUUGGUAUUGAUACCGAUUCCUAUGCUUUGGAAGUCGAGCCUGAAGCUAUUGAAGAAAAUUGCAGCGACCGUCGUUCUCAGUGCCGGUAUUUUUGUCCUCGUCUGCGCGACUCUUAAAAGUGUUUUCCUCCUGGUGGACCCUGGGAAUGGCGCGUCAAUUGCCGAUGAAUGGGGCACCCGAGAGACCUUUGUCGCGGUGAUUACCACCAAUCUCCCUAUUGUGUUUCACCUUUUCAGAACUUGGCUCGCUCGAAUAUUUGGUGGGGCGUUCAAAUCAUCUCAGAAAACAUACAAAUCGCCCUCGGGGGAAAUUCACACUGUUGGAGGCGGGAGUGGUGGAGAUCUUGGCCGGAACCGUCGCAGAAAGGGUAGCGUGGAUCGUAUCACUGUCGGUUUGACCUUCACCGAGAGCGAGGAACGCAUGAUGGCAGACGUUGAAAUGCAGACGUUGAAACCAUACGAAGCGUCUGUCCCUGGAACUAAUCCUAGAAGUGCCAUUGUGGUCUCGAACCAGAUCGAAAUCACCCACGAGGCUAGUAGUAUUCAUCCAAGUGAGUCCUCUGCACAAGGGGGUGUUGAAAGCUGGUGA